GUCAACCUCCGAACUCAGAAGCGCUUGGCCGCGUCGGUCAUCGGCUGCGGCGAGCGGAAAAUCUGGCUCGACCCCAACGAGGUUAACGAAAUCAGCAAUGCCAACUCCCGCCAGACCAUCCGAAAACUCGUGUCCGAUGGCCUCAUCAUCCGCAAGCCGGUCACAAUGCAUUCCAGGUCCAGGGCCCGGGAGUUGAACCUUGCCCGGCGGAUCGGUCGUCACCGCGGUUUCGGCAAGCGGAAGGGUACUGCCGAUGCUCGUAUGCCCAGCCAAGUCCUCUGGAUGCGCCGUCUCCGCGUCCUGAGGCGUCUUCUGGUCAAGUACCGCGAUAAUGGCAAGAUCGACAAGCACCUCUACCACGAGCUCUACCACCUGAGCAAGGGUAACACUUUCAAGCACAAGCGCGCCCUUGUCGAGCACAUCCACAGGGCCAAGGCCGAGAAGGCCCGCGAGAAGGCGCUCAAGGAGGAGAUGGAUGCCAAACGUGCGAAGACCAAGGCUGCUCGUGAGCGCAAGUUGGAGAGGCAGGCGGCGAAGCGUAACGCCCUCAUGGGCGAGGAUGAGGAGGAGACCAAGUAA